UCAGUACGCUACGUCAUCUAAAACGGUAAACCACGUGCGAAGUACUUGUCCCAUACGUAUUUGUAUCACUCACGCGCGAAGUCAGAAACCGGCGUUUUUUUAACGAUAAACCCUACAACAUCAAACAAUACUUUCCAACAAAUCUUUAAAUCAAAUACAUAAUUUCAGUGGAAUUUCAGUGAUAAUGGUUUGUCAACCAAUACAGAGGACAGACUCUUAUCAACAGUGAAUUUGUCACAUCUAGUUCGAUAGAUUUGUGGAAGUGAUUGACUGUAUUUUUCUUCGUAUCAACAGUGAAGCUAUCACAUCUAGUUCGAUAGAUUUGUGGAAGUGAUUGACUGUGUUUUCUCACUGUAAAAAAGUAGUAAACAUUAUUUCUCUGUUUUUGAGGUUGUCAUAGCGUAUGAGGAUUCACUCAACCGUUUGUUGAAUGAGAAACUUUGUUUUAAUAAGAAUUUUCUGAUACAAUUAUAUUUAGGAAUCAUUGAGAUCUCUUAAGUUAUCAAAGAUCACAGAAUCCAAAGUAUUAUAUUACAAACCAAAGAGAAGAUUGUACUCUACUUUUUCUUCAAGUGUUAUUACAAUACUGCAAGACUUUAAUUUGAAAUACAUCGUGAAAUCAUUCAAGCUUAUGAGACAGUUGUGUUUCAAUUUGCAUUUCUCCAUGAAAAACUCCACACACGUGAGAGAUUUGUGAGGGUUGAAACCAGUGAAACGAUUAUGAUUAUUUAUCCUAUGAGACUUUAUUAAUAAAUUCUCAUGAGUACAUCGAAUUUCAUAUGAUUUUUUCUCUUAGGUUGAACUGAUGAGAAACUAUAGAGUGGUGUAGAGAAGUGAAAGAUCCAAACUAUUUUUGUGAAACCAUAAAUUUGAGUGUGUGCCUACCUGUGGAGUAGUGCUUUUGACAGACCAACUGGAGGGGCGCUCGAAAUUAAGCUAUCAACCAAACGGAGAGCAGCUUUUUGUCUUUAAUACACCACCUUGACUGAUUCUCCGCCUGCUUCGUCAUUUUUCCUGCUCUGUCAUUUCGGUGAGAAGGAGGGGACGAGGAGAGACACACGAAAAACAAAGGAAGAUGAGUAGCUGUGAAGAAAGAUGGAGAUAGGAUUUCAAGGAGGGCGUGCUAACUGGAGAGAAGGUUUUGAAGGUGAAAAAUUAGUAAAGAGCCUGUGUGAGUGAGAGGGAUUGUUGUGGAGGUGUGGUGGAAGAGAGAGAAACAAGUAUAUGAGGGUUAUCCGUCACGCUUUGUGCAUUAAUAUUCGUCAUAAGGCUCGCCUCAGGUCGCGGGCCUCCUAGUUAUUACGGCCAGUAGGGGAAUCAAUCACAUCCCAGACCCACUGUCAUGCACCAUAGUUGCUUUGGCUCAACAUUUUAAUUAGGCACAAAUAACAACAACUGAGAGUUUGGAGUCCAGUUGUGCACCAGUAUUUGAUCAGAGAGGACGUAGGUACGUUCCCACUAUGAGUUCAGUGUGCUUUCCAGUCAAAUACCCUCCCCAGAUACGUUGUCACGAUGUUUCGGUUCUCAUUCAGCCGCCCAGAUAGGUAUUUCCACCAGUUAUGGCGUUCUACCUUCGCAAGAAAAAGAAACAAAUCGUCAAAAGUAUACUAACUUGUUGAAAAACUUUUCGGUUGAUGAACGUUGAGAACUGAUGCCUUAACACCUCUCCUCCACCUUUCUACCCACCCUGUGACACACGCAAAAUUAUUGUACCUACCUCCCCACCGCCCCACCCACCUGAAACAAUUACUGUUCGACAUUGUCAUGGACAACUUAUAAAGUGUCAGUUGGGAGUUUAUUGAGAGUUGUCACGUGAUACUGGGGAAGUGCAGUGUUGGAAUUGCUAGGAGGGGACGACAAUUUGUAUCACCCACAUUAUCGUGUUCGUUGAAACAUUGUUGAUAAUAUAUUUUCUAAACAAUUGUUAUUGUUGUGACUGGGGACCAAACUGAUAUUUUUCUUCACCGUGAUCAAGUACCUGAAGUACCGUAGAUAGUGUAGCGUAAGUUAGUAUUUUUCAUAAAUAAUCUGAAACAAGUUAGGACGGACUUGGUUUUGAAAGCGGGAAACUUGAAAGAGACACUUAACACGUUCAAGGUCACGGGCCGCACAUUCAUCUGCUCGCCCCGCAGGAAGAAACGUCGAAAGAAGAAGAAGAAGAAACGAAGGAUUGUCAAAGGAGACAGGGGCGGAUGUCAGAGCUGCAACCGCCGUUGGUGCCAACCAGUUGCCGAAGAUCGGUCACCGACCGCUAGCCGACCCACAGCUGCAUCAGCUGCAUCAUCCCCAUCAGCUGCAUCAAUCAGCAGCUCAACGCCGUAUCCGCGAGGAAGGCCCAACUGCAAGCGAAAACUCUGCAGCAGUCGCUGCUGCAAAACUAGGACAGGAGGUCUCGGGGUACUGAGCGCUGCUCAAAACCAUAGUGCUACAAAUUUUGUGAGUGUUGUUCCUGGUCAAGAGUUGUUCAGUACAGCUGUGUGUUGUUCAGAGUACAACAGAUUCGUGUUCCCAAGGAUAUAAAGUGUUGGUUUUGGAUAAACAAGUGUUGUUCCUGAUCAAAGUUCAAACAACAGAUUUGUGUUUCAAUAGAUACAAAGUGUUGGUUUUGGAUAAACAAGUGUAGUUCCCAAAGUUUGAUUGGGAGGAAGUUUUAAGUGUAUAUUGUGAGGAAGUGGAGUAAUUUUGUGUAGUGGUUGACGUUAACCAAGUGUGAAGAUGAGUUCGUACUUUGCGAAUUCGUACAUGGCGGACAUGCGAAACGGUGGCGUGGUCCCGGCGGAACACCCGCACCAGCAGCAUCAGCACUACGGUGCAGCGGUCGUAGCCCAGGGAAGCACGGGGCCGACCGACCCGGGGGCGUGCGAAGUAGGGCUGCGUCAAGGGGUGCCCCCUCACCAUUACGGGGGCCCCCCUGCGGCCGGCCAGCCGCCCCAGGGUAUGCCGUACCCCAGGUUCCCCCCCUACGACCGCAUGAACGCUGCCGCUACCUACUACGGCGCCCAACAGGGGGGCAUGGUCGACAGCUACCGGCCCGACUCCCCCAACGGGGGCAUGGGGCCCCAUAUGGGGGGCCAGCCCAACGGCCAUCAGACCCCUGUCGUCUACGCCAGCUGCAAACUGCAGGCGGCAGUCGGAGGCAACGGGAUUGUUGGGGACCCUGGCAGCCCUCACGAGAUGGACCCAUCGAUGACCAACCACCACCAACCCCAUCCGCACAUGGGCACGCAUCCGCACCACCCCCAGCAGCACCACCAGCCCAAUCACAUGGGCAUGUACGGGGGGCAGCAGCCGCCUCCACAGCCGCCCCCUCACCACCAGCAGAACCCCCUGGUCGGCCACCCCCAGAACGCGGGCCCCCCUGGCAACCAGCCCCCACCCCAGGCACAGCAGCCCCAGAACAAUGGCAAUGGGAAUCUGCCCAGUCCGCUCUAUCCCUGGAUGCGCAGUCAGUUCGAGAGGAAACGAGGCCGACAGACGUACACGAGGUACCAGACCCUGGAGCUGGAGAAGGAGUUCCACUUCAACCGCUACCUCACCAGGAGACGGAGGAUCGAGAUAGCGCACGCUCUCUGUCUCACCGAGCGUCAGAUCAAGAUCUGGUUCCAGAACAGGCGAAUGAAGUGGAAGAAGGAGAACAAAACAAAGGGUGGUGACGGAUCGAACGGGGAUGGAAGUGACAUUACCCCCCAGACAUCCCCUCAAUAGAUCCCCCCUCGUUCACCCCACGAUUAUUUUUAAAAUCCAAACCUCUGGUGAAAAUCUAAGUCAUAGUUUGAGUGUACCAUUGGUGUAUUCAAUUACAGUACUAGGUUAAGUCAUAUGAGUAAAUAAUAUUAUAUAUUAUAAAAAAUUGAAAAUAUAUUAUAUGUAUCAACCAUCAUUAUAAUGAUGGAUCAGUAUUAAGUGUAUAAAUUGAUGAUGGAGGACCUAUUUCUACUCCAUUCGCAACCCACUUGAUAAUAAUCAAUCUUGAGAGAUUAUUCAAUUCACAUCCACAUUUCACCAAACCCCACACCUAUAAUAAAUGUUAUAGAUGCGAGAUCUCACUAUCUCAGUACCGGUGGAAAAGUUUGAAAUUUUUACAAAAAUACCUUGUACAGAAUACGUAAUAUGGUGCCAAGAGCUAUUUAUUUAUUGAAUAUUGUCAAUGAUUAUUUAUUUGUGAACAGAAUGGUAUGUACUAUAAAUGAUUGUGCGUUUUUAUAUAAGAUUAGCCAAAGUUACAGACAUUUUAAGUGACUAGGCGUGAUGCUAAACCAAAGGUUUUCUUUAUUGUAAUUAUUGAUGUGCCGUUUUGUGAAGAGUAUUCUGCCGUUUGUACAGAAUUAUUUGUAGAAUGUCGAGGUGAAAUCCGUUUGGAUUGUGAUACCUUGGUAACAGAAACGAGAAAAACAGUAUUGUCCUGAAAAUUAAAUUAUCUUGUAGCUUUAUCUACUCAUUUUAAUUUCGUUAUAAAUGAAUCAACCUCGGAAUUUGAAGCAAAUGUAGUUGAUUUAUUGUUCAAGUCAGGCAAAUUACGAGUAUAGCUUCUUCUACAGAAAUAUUUAAAUUACUCCAUAACAUAAUUCUUUCACUGAGUGAAUCGACUCAUAAUAGUCCAAAAGAAUAUCUUGGACUCUUGCAGUUACCAAUAAUUAAUUAUUCUCCCUGAUUAUAUACUCGCUUUUAUUUGUAGUUUCAUUGAACUACCCAUCUUCAAAUAAAUAAGAUAGGAGGUUUCAAAGAAUACCCUUUCUGUUUUGGAAGUGACCUCAUUUUCUCAUUGUUUUUGUAAAUUAAAUGCAGUUCAAACACAUGGAAAUAAUAAUUGGACCGUCCAUCAUACUUGAAAAGUAUUUGAUUUUUGAUUUUUACAAAACUUUGAUCAGGUUUUAUUUUUGGAUAUUGAUAUCUUUCAAAUUGAUAACAAAAAAUGCUAUUAAUGUAUGUUACAUUGUCCUCAAACGUCGUAAUUUACUUCAAGAAAACAAGCAGUGGAUAGAUAGAAUUCAAGGCUUUCUUCUUCCAAGCUCAUCUCCUUAUUUGUAUGAGUAAUGAGGUCCACUUCGAACUCAUCUAAAUGCUGAAUUCAAGUCAAUGAAAUUAUGUUUUUUGGAAUAAUUGAACUCGCAAAAUUCUCGUAUUGCAAUCAUGACCGAUUUGAUAUCAAUUGUAAACAAAAUUGAAGAAAAAUUUAAUUUGUUUUCUCGGCAAAAAUAUAUACGUAAUGACGCUGUAUGUUCAGCAUUUGACAGUUCCUUGAUGCAUAUAGUACAUGUGAGAUAAUUUAUUAUAUUGAUUGUAAGAUUGAACGAUUGUAAUUAAGAUAGAAGUGAUAAAUAUUGAGCCGAGUAACUUUACUUGGUGUUUGUAUUAGUACGUGUGUGACUGUGUGUGUGGAGAUGUAUGAUAGCUUGGAUGUAAACCAAAAACGAUUGUUUUGUAAGUUGUAAUUAAUUAUGUAUAAGUUGAUUCUCGAGUCGAUUACUAUUACUGUACAGUUUAGAGAUGAUGUUUUGUCAUGAAUAUAUUGAUAUGAUUGUAAUAUUCUAAUAUUAUAAUUAUGUAGAGUCAAUAAUAAUAUUUUGUACUGUUAUCAAUAUUAUCUAUGAUGAAGCUGUCACUGAGGGUGGCCGUAGAUUGGGUAACCAAGAGAUUGAAAUAUUUUAUUUCCAAUGGGAGAAACUAUCUUGAUAUAGUCGAAUAGUACAAUUUAUUUACCAGUAACUAUAAUUUUUAGCAUGUUAAACGUUACUUAUAUGCUCGUUCGUUUCUAUUUUAGUCCCCCGAAUGUGAUGCAAUUACAAUAAGGAUUUGUGAGAGAUUUCAAGUAUUUAAAAACUUUGUAUAAAUAUCUUUUUCGUAAAUUGAAAUUAGUUCUAGCUCUCUCUCUUUCUCUCUUUACUAUGUCAUUGAUCUCAUUUACUGUAACUCCCCAUUUUGACUAAAACCGUUAGACUUGGAGUUUGUUAUGCUUUAGCAACAUUGUAACAUAAAUAUUUUUUGAAAAUUUGGUAAAUUCGAAUCCGGGCCAAUCACAUUUUUACAUAAAUACGUAAGAAAAGCCUUCAACUGUAUACGAAAUUGGUGAACCAAAAUUAUAUGUUUUCUACAAUGUUAUGGAAGUUAGACAGAUGUUUCUAGUGUUGAAAUCAAUACCAUAAGUUCAUUACAAUUAUUUCUGCUAGAAACAUUGUUUGGGAAAGUUUCAAUUUCAAAAAUUUCAAUUUGAAAAUAUAUAGUAGAAGUAUAAACCAAUAAAACAUUAAUUUAUACAAAUUUAACAUUCUAAUUCUGUAUACGAAGAGAUCAUCAUAAAAAGCAGUUGAAUAAUUAAUGUUCAUAAUUAAUUAAAUCAGAAAAAUCAUGAGAAAUUUCACAUUUUCAUUGUUUAAAAGUGGUUAAAAUAUUUUUAUACUUUCACAAAAUCAUACACAUUAGAAUCUCAAUCCGCAUUUGAUUAUGUAUUAGAUAUUUAAAGGACCUGGUAUAUGAAGAGAAUGUCAUCCAUUUCUUUGAAAGAUGGAGAAUAUUUUUAUCAAUCACGAAUUAAUAAUUCUUGAUUCAAAAAACAUAUUUGUUGUAUUAAUGGCAAAGUCAUGGAACGGGAAAUGAUUUUUAGAAUAGAAGUCCUACUCCUGCUAUUGAAUAGAAUUAAUUAUUGUAAAAUGAUAAUAUUUGUAAAGUAUAUGUAACAAUCGAAUGACUUGUCCUAUAUAAUUUUGUGUUUGGAGAAAUAUUAAAAUAAAAAAAAAUCAAAUAAAAGA